AUGGACGACUAUCCCAACACGAGCGAAGAUCCGACCGUGCGGCGCCAGUUCGCGGAGAACAUCUUUCAGAUACUGCGUCCACUGUCCGCCUCCGAGAUGCCCCGUAGUUGUCCGGUCGAUGGCGAGUCUUCGGAGUGUAGUGCCCUCUCAGAUCCGUUCUCGGAUCUGGACGAAUCAUACGUGUUACUUGAUCAGCGGAAAAAGAAACCUGGAGUCGAUGAGACCGAUGAGCUGCUGCUGAUGAAUCAGUUCACGCCGGAGUUCCGGUCGGCGUACGACGAACUGGCCGGCCAGGAACCCCUUUCGGCACGGAGCCCCGAGCAGCCGAUUCCAUGCCAGACCUGCCAGGAUGAUCCGGCGGCCGGUUUCAGUCCAAAGUUUCGCUCGUUCAUCGACGAGAUGCUGCGUAAAUGUGAUCUGCAGCACCAUCAGGAGGAAAAGCGCCGUCGAGAGCAGCAACAGGCCCAGCAGCGAAAGAAACAGGGCCGCGUCCGGACGGUCGUGUCGGAGGAAUCGUUCUGUCCGGUCGAGACGGACUCGCUUUCGGGCAUCUGGCGCAUGCUGGACGCCGUAUCGGAGAACGAACAGGAGUUGUUCACGACCACCGGACCACACUACGACCUGUACUACGAUCGUCGGUUUGCGUGGAUGACCCGGGACGAGAUUGCGUGGGACCAGAUCGAGGCGUCGAAGAAAAAGUGUGAACAGUGGCUAAAGUUUCCCUGUCAGAUGCCCGAGGAGAGUUCCCGACCGAAAUGA